AUGGCGAUCGCUACACAGGUGCGACUUAAACUUGGAUUUUGUAACAUAUUGUGGUGUGUAAACAGUAAAAUGUGUGUCAAAUUCUUGAUUUUGAUUCUGUUUUGUGUACAUAUAUCAACAUCUAAGGAUUAUUGUAAAGGUCAUUUUGAUAAUUGUAUUUGUACGGAUGAAGUGGUUGAGUGUCACCACGAACAGAAGUUAAACGGUGAUAUCACAAAACUGUUGCAUUACAUUCAAGACAACGUGGUUAAUAUGACAGUAACAGGAUCUUAUAUCCCAGAAUUGCCAGCUAACAGUGUUGGCUCCUGCAAACAUGAAUCAGGUCUUGUCUUACACCAAUUAAAAUACUUGGAUUUGUCUAAUAAUAGCAUAUCCAACAUACAUGGAAAAAGUUUGCAUUGUUUACCAAACUUGGAAAUUCUCAUUCUACGGGACAAUGCAUGGCAGGUCGACAGAAGCCCGGAUAAGACUGGGUACUUCAGUUCAGUGUCGAAUUUGAAACACCUGGACUUAACCAACACUUUUGAUGAAGUUUGGAACGGAAGUAUUCACAUAACCAAACUCGCUAGAGUUUUCAAUGAGACUGACAUGACGAAGUUAGAGAUCCUGGAACUUGGUUACAAUGAAUUUUUCUCAUUUUCACUUUCGGCUGCUAACUCGUUUUGUCAGUUAACUUCAUUGAAAAAAUUAAAUCUAACUCAUAAUAAUCUAGACCAACCUUCAUUACCGAACCAAAAAGACUGCUUGGAGAACCUUACGCAUAUAGAUUUCUCUUACAACAAAAUGGCAGUUCUGCCGAGGGAAUUCAUGGACAAGGCCGAGGACUUACGCGACAUUAAAGUAAUUAAACUAGACAAUAACCCAUUCCAGUGUGACUGUGGCCUUGUGGAAACUUGGAAGUGGUUGAAUUCAACAAAAAUAAAUGUCAAUAAAAAGGAAUUAUUAUGUGCAGGUGGGUACCAUUCAUCAUACAAGGGUAAACCUGUGCUGAGCUUGUCAUUAUCAGAUCUGAGGUGUGAACAACUCGAAGCUCCGUCCAAUACCGCGGUGAAGGCAGUAACUGGAAUAAUUUUCGCAGUUGUUGGAUUAACAUUAAUUGCAUUCCUGAUAGUACACCGGAAUAAAAUAAGACUCGUCUGCAAAAAAUGGAAGAAAAGGGUUCCGAAUAUGCGCUUCCGGUCUCACCAAGGAUACGCUUCCGUACAGGAAGUAGCUGUGAUAUAG